AUGUCUCCCGAUUUGUUGGAUAUCUACGAUAUUCGCUCCUCAGCCACCGAUGAACAAUGGGCCGAUUUUGUAAAUAUGAUUGCCAAUGAGGAAUGGAAAAGCAACGAUGUUUCAACGACUCUUCUCCUUCAACAUCUACCCUCGACACGGAUUGUGAUCGCUGUCCGAAAAGAUGAUGAUACUUUGGUGUCGGGUGUCGCGUGGAAUGAAGUGGACAAUGUGGCGAUGAUCGGAUUUUAUUUGACAAAGGAAAAAGAAAGACACAAGGGGAUCGGUUCACUUGUUUGGCGUCAAGCGAUGGAAUGCAUUGAUCGAGAAAGGAGGAUUGUUGUCGUGAGAACGGGUUCGGAGAUGGCGCCAAAGUAUCAAAAAAGUGAUUUGCCGAUUUGCGGAAAGAAAUGGUAUCGUUUUGUUGUGAAAGCUCCACAGUUGAUUGAUGGUUUCUCAAGGAUUUUAGACAAGAAUGGUGUACGAAAUGACAAGAACAAUAAUCCGGGUUUAUCGACGAAAUGCGUGAACGAGUUGUCGAUUCCCGAGUUUGACUCGUUGCUUGAUUAUGAUCAAAAGGUGACUUCAAAGGAUCGCAGUGAUUUCCUCGACUCGUUUUUCUCGUUGGACUGCGUUCGUGCCUGUGUGACACAAGAUGCUGGCUCUGAUGGAGAAGUGAAUGGCUUUGGGGCAAUCGUUCCCUCGGUGAAGGAGGAGUCUCAUCGUUAUCGCUUGGCGCCGAUUUAUGCCGGAGAUCUGAAUGUGGCCAUUUCGAUUGCGUUGAGUCUCAUCAAAAGGGUUUACAAACGUGACGCCGAUGCCGAGAUCGUCAUUCAAACGGUUGAUGGAAGUGCGGGGAGUAUGCAGUUGCACAAGGUUCUCCACGAUUUCGUUGGUGUGGAUCCGAUGGAGGACUCGGUGGCACUUUCAUCGCGAAAACUCCCGCUCACCACUCGUCUCCAUAUGUGUUACAUACCGCACAAUAAUGGGGGACAUUUCGACAUCCUUUCCUCAAUCCUCGACGGUUUAGGACUUCAAUCGAGAUAUUUGGUGGGAAAUGUGAAAUACCCAGUGAAUACGUCAAAUCCGUGGCCAGGUGCCACCGGUUAUCUCUACAAUGACACGGCUGAUGUCAUCGGUGUUUUCUAUCAACGGACACCGCCAAGAGAGGCCGCUUUCUCGUUCUCCUAUCCAUUGACUUACGUUCAACCACUCUUCGCCACAAAAGCGAUUCGCCGAAAGAAAACAGGCGGACUCUACGAUAAUUUCUCGCCAUUUGAGUGGUCGGUUUGGGGUUGCCUUUUAGCGUCACUCCUCUCAUUAACCCUUGUUUUCUCAUUGAUUGUCAAAUUGGAGUGGAUCAUGAAGAAGCGAGAGAUCGAUAUGGGAAUCUUUCAGAUUUUCUGGGGCACCGUUUCGACUCAAUUGGGUGAAGCCGACGAGUUUUUCCUUUUCCCCUCAAUAUCCGGACACAUGUUGUUUGCUUUUUUGACCGUUUUCUUGUCCGGAGUUGUCAUGUGGGCGUAUGAAGGAUAUGUGAUCUAUUCAUUGCUUAAACCAGCUGCUUUAUUCCCCUUCACUCAAGAGGAAAUGUUUAAAUAUCUUGCUACAAAGAAGUAUACAUUGAUUGUACCGUCAGCACAGCAUUGGUUAACUGAAUUCAUCAACAACUCUGAUUCGGAAUUUUAUCGUAAACUGCGAACAUCGCUCAAGAAUAACCCAUGGAUUGAAGGGAAAAGUCAUGAUGUUUUAACCUUAUUGGCAACAGGUAAUCACAUCUAUUUCAGUCAAGAGGAUGAUGAGAUGAUGAUUGAAGUACAACAAUUGUGUGGGAUAACAACGAAUUCGAUGGGACUCGGGCAAGCAUCCGCUCAUUUCAUCUUGCAGAAGAAAAGCCGCUUCUUGACCUCGUUCAACACGGAGAUCAUUCGACAACAAAGUUUCAUCCACCGCACGCAAACGAAAUAUUUCGAGUCAGGAUUCAAACUAACGAAAAAAGUCAAACGCUGCCCACCAAUCGAUCCACUCGCCGAGGAAACGCUGGGUCUGAGCGAUAUGCUGGGCGUGUUCUACCUUGUCGCCAUCGGACUCGCCGCGGCAGUUCUCGCGUUUUUUGUCGAAUUUGUCGUGUUCAGAUACUACAAUCCAAAGCUGUGGGCGUUGUGGAAGUUCAAGAAAAAACUCAGCGCUGCUUAU